UAAAUCAAAUCUACUUGCAUUCACCAGUCUUUAUCUAGCCCUUCAGAGUGUCACACUAAUCCUGACAGUUAAGACCCAUCUCACUUGCUAUCUACUACCAAUAGUUUCACAUCAUCAGCAUGAUGUCUAAUGGUUUCCUCGGAUUGUUUAUCAUGGUUUUGACUAUUUUGACUUCGAUCAUCAAUCAAGGGGAAAGCAAGUACCUUUUGGUCAAACUGGAAGAGGGAACCGGAUUAAAAGCUAGGCCAUCGGCCAACAGGGCCAGACCCGACCCAAAAGUCCUUGCCAACCGUUGGAUUGCCGGGAACCGAGCUCCCCCACAGCCAUUCUCGACUUACGGGGCUGAUUUGGGAGAUCAGCCCCAGUAUAAUAUGCAAUACUGGUAGCAUCAUUCAAAUGGACCGACUCUUUUCCUUCCCAUGACUUUGGUAACCCCGAUCCCAUAAAGGAUAGGGCCUCUUUUCCAUUGGCUUCACUUAUAAUCCUGAUUCUGGGAAAUUGCCAGAAUCGGCAAGUCAUUCCAAAAAGAAGGCCAACGCGGCGGGCAUUAGUGAAGUAACGACCCAAUUACUUCCGCCGACGACCGACAAUUUCUAAUAUUAUAAAAAUUGCACGAUCAUAUGAAAUCACAAAAUCUUCAUCAUGUUACUGUGGUUGCGAGUUUUUGGCUUUUGGAAACAACAAGAAAGCACAUUCUUUGUCGAGGUUUGUAGCACUACUUUUAAUUGCCAUCAUGGAAUAGAUCUGUAGGAUUAUUAAGCGUAAGGAUGAAUCGGAUUCCACUUUUAUAUCAAAAUGAUUACUUUAGCUUAUCCCUAAAAUUUGGACUUUCUUGUUCAUGGAUUAUAAAAGUUGAAAACAUGAGCAAUUUUUCUACAUAGAUUUAGGAGGCAACUUCUGACUGCAAUCUAUCUUUCCGACAAGGAUGUUCCAUUAUCCUGGUCUGAAAUGAACGAGUCCAUUCGCGCAGUUUCGGUCACUCUGUCGAGGUCAGUCCAGGAGCUCGCUAACCGGUUCUCCUUGGUUUACUUGGCUCGAAGAACCGGUCAGAAGAAGCUGAACGGGGGCGGGAAAAAUGUUUUGGCAUCAAAACGACGUUGGCCUAGCGUUCCUAAUGUGGCUUCUUAAUGCCAGUUUGAGGACCGCCAUUAGACCAAGGCCAUUAAAACCACGAGAACUGCAACCUUAAUUGAACCCUAAUGUGCGUGAUUUUGACAUGGCAGAGCGGAGAACAACUUCCAAUAAAAACUUGCGAAGCCAGACUCUUCCAAAAAUACAAUCUUAAACGUUCACAUUGGAAUUCAUAACCAAACCAUUGCAACCCAUCAAUUCAAAAUUAAAUUCAAGUCUAAAAUGCCACUGCUUGUAAGAAUCUGUAUUACCUAAAUGACUUAUCCAAAAAAUAUGGCACCAUGCUCUAUUCUAACAAUAAGUACCUUAUUUAUGAUGUAUGAUAUAUACUCUAAGGUGGUAGCCAUACAAGCCUGACCUAAUCCUAAAUAAAUAAUAAACUCAAUAAUCACAUGGCAACACUUAAUUUCCGGAGCUUUGCCUUCCGUCCAUCCUCUCCGAUUUUGGUAUUCGUGAUCCGUGUUGUCCCGUUCUGUGUUGUGCCCGUGAUCCGGUGUAAUGGCCUAUGUGUCAUCUUCCGGUGUGCCUCGCCGUCGACGUCCACCCUGCACGCGUCCUCGAUUUGGAUCGCUGACAUCCUCGCGAGGAUCCGUGUCCUCGGGUUCGGCGCCCUCGUCGCCCUGCUCCACGAGCUCGUCGUGUUUCGAUAUUGACCGUUGGCCGCAUUUGGCCCAAGAGAUCUUGGAUAUUCGUGAACGCUUGACGUGGCGGCGAGAGCUCUUGAAAGCUUCCAUUGACGGCGAUUGGGAGGGUCUAAAUCGAGAUAUUUGGCACAUGGUUCAAACCGGUAUGAGUUACACCACGUUUGCUGCUCAGCCGGGGAGUCAGCAAAACGGUGCAGAUCCGCCCCUCAAACCCGCAGACAUGAAACCCGUUGAUGUGUCAAAUCAAGGGGGAGGGGUUCCGCCCCAGCAACCGGGUCAAAAUGGUAUGCAAGCGAUCCAACCUGUGUCAAAUGGUGACCAUUCGCAAACACAAAAUCAAACGACGGAAGACGGGUCGGAUCCACAAGCCGUUGCAGUGGCACAACAACAGUCCCAACAAGUACAACAACAGCAACAGCAGCAACAACUAGCGGCAGUGGCUGCCGCCCAACAACAGCAUUUAAACGAUUCCAACAACUCAACGUUAUCUCCCAAUUCGUGCGGGGGUGGUCAGCUUGGCCAGUCGAUGAAGGAAAGCACGCCCAAACGUCUCCAUGUCUCUAAUAUCCCUUUCCGGUUCAGAGACCCUGAUCUCAGGAAUAUGUUUGGGAAAUUUGGAACCAUCCUUGAUGUUGAGAUCAUCUUCAAUGAGCGGGGAUCCAAGGGAUUUGGUUUCGUCACAUUUGCCAACAGUUCGGACGCAGACAGAGCCAGAGAACAACUUCACUCCACAGUUGUAGAAGGAAGGAAAAUUGAGGUCAACAACGCAACGGCCCGAGUUCAAACAAAGAAACCCUCUAGUAUACCUAAUGCUUCUUCUUUGCGUGGAGUGGCUAUUCAAAGAGGUCAUGCCGCUGCCGUUCAAGCAGCCGCUGUAGCUGCAAUGGCUGCACGUCGCUCAAACUACCCCUUAGCUGCUGCAGCUGCACUGGCCGCUUCACACCAAAGGGUUAUGAUGGCGAAUGCGGCCCAGCAACAAGCUCACGCUCAAGCUGCAUUGAUAGGACAGUCACCGGGUCAGCCCAGUGUCAGCCUGGCCGGAGCUCCUACGCCGGGUAACGCGCUACUAGCUAACCCGGUCGUAGGCAGACAGCAUGUAACCUCCCCACUAACCUCUUCUUCUGUGGCGACUUCGACUGCCAUCACAUAUGCGGCUGCAGCUGGUGUCCAUCACCAUCACAACAGCAGCAACAACAACAACUCACUGCAUGCGGCAUUGGCAGCCUCUGCUGCGGCUGCUGGUUCCUCCCAACAACAACAACAGCAGCAGCAGUCCUCACCAGCUUUGUACAAUCCUUAUGACCCAUUCUUGGCCAACUCCUUGGCUCAGCUCCAAGCCAAUGGAUUUGCCGGCAUCACAGACCCAAGACUACAGAACCUGGCCGCACUGGCCUCCAGUGGGCUAGUGGGCACAGGUGGAGGCGGCGUUAGACCAGGAUUUGCGGGUCUUGGAGCCACCGGUCUCUCCCAAGCUAACCUCUCCCUCCAGGCUGCUUUGGUGAACCAGUCUGCACAAGCAGCCUACGGGAGUGGCGGUCUCCCCGCUGCUCUUGCUCGCGACCCCACAGCCGCGGCCCUCGCGGACCCUUAUUUAGGACAAAGUAUAGGACCUGUCCCGGGUUACGGAACUGCUCUGUAUCGAAGUUAUCAACGUUUCGCCCCAUAUUGAAACGCCCUGUUGGAACGAGACCAUCACAAAAUCAUCAUGAGCCUCAACCCAACAUGACCCAUAAAAUUUUCUCAAAGCAACACACCCCUUCGACAUCACCUCCUCGAGCCAUCACGCCCUCUGUAGAUGAGUCAGUGGCU